AGGUGGUAUCAUUGGAAUAAGAGCCAGGGGCUGCGGGGAGGAGCCCACAGCAGGAGUCCUGCUCUUGGCGGGUGGACUCACAGUUCGGCUGUCCUGAAACUCGUGUCACCAGCUGGGACCGUGGAGCCCUGAGCUUUCCACUGAGCGUCCGAGAUCCGCGAGCUCAUCUAGAAGUGCAGGUAGUCCUGACAUCUGUAACUGUCAGUUAAAAAGUCUCUCCAAAUCCAAAUCGUGGAGUUGAGAGAUUAGCACCCUUUUCCAACCUGUCUAGUUCCAGUGUCCUCCCUCCCACGCAGUGGUGCCACAACCAACAGAAGACAAGGGGAUCAUAAAUUUCUCAGUGAGAGGGCGGGGGCAAGCCUACAGCAGGGUGGGUCAGCCGGAGUUUCUGCACAGGUCAGGGCAAAAGGUUUGGGUGCGUGUGCCUGUGCGCGCGGGCUUCUUCCUGCCCUUCUGCAGAUUCCGCCCCUCCCUCGCACCUGUCUCCCCACAACUGUUUCUGCUCCACUGAGAAAUGCACUAACGCAUACCUCUGGGAUUCAACAUAGCCUUCUGAGAGGCGACAUGGGCUUCCGGAAACUCUCCCCCUUCCUGGCUUUCAGCAUCUUGGUCUUAUGCCAGGCCGGCAGCUUCCAGGCAGCGCCUUUCAGGUCGGACUUGGAGAGCAGCCCAGACCUGGCCACACUCAGUGAGGACGAAGCACGCCUUCUGCUGGCCGCACUGGUGCAGGACUAUGUGCAGAUGAAGGCCAGUGAGCUGGAGCAGGAGCAGGAAUCAGAAGGCUCCAGUGUCACUGCGCAGAAGAGAGCCUGCAACACUGCCACCUGUGUGACCCAACGGCUGGCAGGCUUGCUGAGCAGGUCAGGGGGUGUGGUGAAGGACAACUUCGUGCCCACCAAUGUGGGUUCCAAAACCUUUGGCCGGCGCCGCAGGCAUCUUCAAUCCUGACCAGCUAACUGGCUCCAGGAAGCAGGUUACCAUGAAGCUGAACUCACCACUUCUAGUAAUUCCUGUUGACAACAAGUUGGUGAGAAGGCCCCAUGGAAGAUACACAUGUUUGCAUCCUAAUCGACCCUGAAAAAAGCACCUUUGUCAUUUGAAAGAAAUGGAACUGAAUGCAAAAAUAAGCUAAUUCCAUAUUUAUUGUGCAUAAUUUUUAUUCCACGUCCAGUGAAUGUAAUGACAUCUCCCAUUGGCUUAUCUGGUAGCAACCUGGCUCCCUGAGAGCCAUCCUGUUAAUCAUAGUGGCUCUGCCAAACCUUAAGCAGACAUGACAUCACUGCCUCUUGCAGCCUCUGGGAACACAUGGUAUUGCUGUGCCUUGUUGUCUAAGAACAUGAUUGUACAAUUUGUUUAAGGAAAUGUCAUAGUUGUGCCAUUUGUGAACUUCAUCAAGAUUAAAGACAUAUUUUCGAUA